GUCCCUUCCAGCUCUAUUUUGAUUGAAAUUUAAUACUUGGUUGAUUACAUAGACAUGCCAAUAUUGGUUUCUUGGAAAAUGUAUUGAAAUUGUUUGCUGUUGUCUUAGUCUGGAAUGAGUUUUUUUUUUAAAAAAAAAAUCCCAAUAAGUGAUUCUUGAGUAUGCAAUAAAGGCAGAAACAGAGUUAUGUUUCAAUUGUUCUCCCAAGCCAGUGGGGAGGGGGAAGGACCAAGUUUGAAAAUGGGCUAAAUCUAGAUAGGGGUUGCAGAGAAAGAAAAAUCACCCACCAAAUCCUGAGAGAAAACGUAGUUGAACAGAGACUCACAAUGUUACCAGCUCCUCCAUUAGAAGUCCUCCUUUCUUAUCUUUCCUGAUCACCUGAACUCAGAGUAGUUAUUGUUAAGGAGCUAAGAAGAAUUUUAAAAGCCACACUCAACAGGCUUUUCUUACCUUAUUUGAUAUAAAAAAUAAAAUAAAAUACAAGUACAAAAGUAAAAACCUUUGAAUUGACCUAGAUUCCAGGAGCUUGCCACCAUAUAGCUUUUCUCCUUGGCAGCUUUACAGCUUACCACUUGCCUUUUUUUCUGGGAGGAAUUUUUUUUUUCAGUUUUCCAAUUGAUUUUUUUUUCCUCAUCCAGAUAGUAACGAGGUCAAGCAACCUUGCAUAUCUUUGAAGGCAGUCAAGAUCGACCGGGCGCCGUCACGAACAAGACACGACAUUUGAACGGGCCAAACUUGCGACUCGCUCGACCUCCCAUCCGUCCUCCGGCAUGCCGGCGCGUCUCCGGGUUUUGCUCGCACCGCCAUACCAACCCUGAGGAAGAAGUUGCGCCGAGAAGCCGGCGGAGGGCGCUAAUGUCCGGGGGGGGCAGCCACUCCCGAGCCGCGUCAGAGCGAAAGGACUGAUGCGUGCGAGGACGACGCGUCUUCUCCGAGACGUGGACGCUACCAUUUCUGGCCACUGCAAGAGGAAGAACUCCCCCUCCCUGAUAGAGAAGAAGCUUCCAGGUUCGACCCGGGUCUUUUCCAACUGCGGGAGGUAGCGAGGUUGGUCGCCCCCGCCCGAGCAGCCCAGGCCCGACGCCGCUGUGAUGGGUUGGUUCACAGCCGAGGGGAGGCGGGAACAGAGGGGAAGCUGGAAGGAGGUGGAGUCAUCUAGGAACCUUUCAAUCUAUUAAUAGGAUAGCAUUGCACAAAUAUGGACAGAAAUCCUUCACCCCCCUCAAGUGAUUCAGAGGAGGAAGAAGUGGCUGCUGGAAAUUCCAUUGGAAAUACAGUUUACAGUAAACACUGGCUGAUUAGUGUGCUUGAAAAAUUAAUUGAGGAUACUUCAAAACUGAACAAUGAAGAAGAACAAAUGGAACUAGAUGAAGAGAUGGAGAAUGAUAUUUGCAAAGUAUGGGACAUGUCAAUGGAUAAGGACGUUGCUUUAUUUUUACAAGAGUUUAAAGCCCCUGACAUAUUUAUGGUUUUUCUUGCAAAGUCCAAGUGUCCUCGACUUACUGAAAUCUGUGUAGGUAUUUUGGGAAAUAUGGCCUGCUGCCAAGAUAUAUGCAUAUCUAUUAGUAAAAAUGAGAACCUGGGACAGAUAGUGCUUCAUCGUUUAUGUGAUUCUGAUUCCCCAACUCUGCUUGAAACAAGCAGGUUACUGUUGACUUGCCUCUGUCAAUCUGAGGUGGCUAAUAUUUGGGUGGAGAGAAUCAGACAAAGUCCGUCUGUCUAUAACUGUUUCUGCUUUAUCAUGUCUAGUUCUACAAACGUGGACUUACUGGUGAAAGUUGGUGAAGUGGUUGAUAAGUUGUUUGAUUUGGAUGAAGAAUUAAUGGUAAAUUGGAUUAAAAAAGGUUCUUGUCCGUCAACGGAACAGCCCACCGAUGAUUCUCCAGAUGAUGUUCCUGAUUUUAAAAUUCUACCUUGUCUGCUUGAAGCUGCAAAACAAGUUUGCUCAGAUAACAAUUCCGAAGGACUUGAAGUUUAUAUGCAUAUUCUACAGCUGCUCACUACAGUGGAUGAAGGCAUUCAAACAAUUGUCAAAUCUUCUGAUAGAGGAAAGGAAACCUGGAGCUUGCUCUAUAAUCUCUUUUGCAAUGAACUCUGCCAGCCAGAUGAUCCACCAAUUAUUGUUCAAGAACAGAAGACCCUGUUGGCUUCUAUUUUAUCUGUGCUAUCAGCCAUUUUUCCUUCACAGACAGAUCAGGACUAUGUUAAGAUGGGAAAGAAUCUGGUUCUGAUUGACAGCGUGAUUAGAGUGUUACAAAAUAUGGAUGAAUGUGAGAAGAGAUCUGUAGACAGCUUGAAGAAAUCCCAAACAAAAGAGUGUGAGAAAUUGGAAAUAGUUGAUGAAGAUUUCCAUUUAAAAAUCUUGAAGGACAUCUGUUGUGAAUUACUCUCCAAUAUGCUCCAGGAAUUAUCAGAGGAAAACAUAUUGGAGGGUCUCAAGCAAGGUCAUAUAAAUGAACAGAAAUGCUCCUGUGCAUUUCAGAAUCUCCUUCCAUUUUAUUCAUCUUCGGUGGAGAGUUUUCUUGAAGUGCUGCAUGGAGCAGAUCAGACUCUUGCUGACAACUUGAGCAAAAGCUUCCCAAGCUUGAAACUCCAGGCAUAGGUGCAGGUGUCCAUUUUGCUGCAGGAGACUGUGUAUAAUUUUGUUUCUCUUUGAAGAAAGCAAUGGGUAAAGAAUUCCAAGCAAAUUGAAACCUAUAUGAAAAUCCUUUUAAAAUGGAUGCAAUAACAAAUGAUCUAAAAAAGAUAAGUCCCCUGAAGACUGUUUAGCAUCUGCAGCUCUGCAUUUUUAAAGCGCUGUGGGUGGUGACAAAAUGCAACAUAAUUUUAUAUGUUAAUAGCUAUUGAGGUUGUACUUUUCAGCUAAAAGUUAACAAGGCUUCAUCUAAGUCUGACAAAGGUGCUCCUUUCCCCAUAUUAAUGAUAAAAUUAGUUAAGAUUUUUUUUUUUUUGCAGAGAAUUGGCUUGCUUUGGUUUGUUUGUCUUAUUGAGUUAAAAAAAUGAUUCAAAAAGUUGUACCAAAAUGAAGCUUAGUUAUAGGAACAUCCAAAAUUGGAGAGUUUUGUAAGUAAUAAACAAGUAUUCUGACCUAUGUGACAGAUGUCCUGUUUGUGCAUUAUUUUUGUUAAAUGAAAUAAACUAUAAUUCAACUAUACUGAA